AUGAAGGGCCGCUUGGGGAUAACCUCCAACCGCUUGUCGACUCACCGGUUCGAGCAAAUUCCGGAUCUACCCCACGACGGCAUGCAUAACCCCAACGACGUGACCAUCGAUAUCCCCCUGACGGCCACCCAGAGCCGAGGUCAGAACGGCAUUCGCAAAUGGGGGUCCAAUACGGGGGUCGCCGAACCUGUCAGCAACGACGAGAAGGCUGAUAUUGCCCCUGGUCGUCGACGACGCCGUGAGGAUUCAGAUAUCAACGAGUCUACGGGUAAACCCUCCGAAGCCCCAGAAGAUGGCACGAUCACGCGAAUGGGCCGCAUCUACCAGGCCAUCUACAACUUCUCCAUUGUCACUCGUUACAUGAUCUAUGUGAUCCCCAUUGGCGCACUCAUCGCCAUUCCAAUCAUUGUCGGGGCCACUGCGUCACCGGAUGCCCGCAUCGGCGGUGUUCACAUCUACUGGUUCUUCACCUGGAUCGAGGUGGUCUGGGUUAGUUUAUGGGUGUGCAAGAUCUUCGCCAAGUUUAUUCCCUAUGUGUUCCAAUUUCUAUGUGGCAUCGUCAGCUCCGGCACACGCAAGUAUGCACUUAUCCUGCGCGCUUUGGAGACUCCGAUUACCCUUGUGAUCUGGAUGAUCAUCUCGCUAGUUACUUUCCUCCCCAUCAUGACAAUGAAUGCUGGGAAAGAGGCCAGCGGUGAUACCGGUGUCAAGUCGUGGGAGAAGAGCGUCAAGAAUAUUCUCUUCGCCCUGCUUGUCUGCAGUCUAAUCUUCCUCGGUGAAAAAGCCAUCGUCCAGCUCAUCUCCAUCAGCUACCAUCGCAAGCAGUUCGAUGCCAAGAUCAAGGAAUCCAAGCGCAACGUCUACCUCGUCGGUCUCCUCUUCGAAGCCUCCCGAAACAUGUUCCCCGUCUACUGUCCGGAAUUUAAGGACGAGGAUGCCAUCAUCUUUGACUCGCUUCUCGCCCAGAGUACUGGCAAGAAGCACAAGCGCGGAUCUAUCAUGCCCUUGCGUAUGAUGCGUCAGGUUGGACACAACGUCGGUCGUAUUGGUGACAAGGUCACUGCGGCGUUUGGCAAUGUUGCCUCCGAGCUGACGGGCAAGCAAGUCUUCAACCCUAAUGCUACCCAUUCAAUUGUCAUUGAGGCGCUUGAGCGCAAGCGCUGUGCUGCGGCGCUGGCUCGCCGCAUUUGGAUGUCGUUUGUCGUGGAGGGCCGGGAGGCUCUAUAUCUUGAUGACGUUAUUGAAGUCCUGGGCCCCGAGCAUGAGGCAGAAGCAGAGGAGUGCUUCGCUGCGAUCGACAAGGAUGGAAACGGCGAUAUCAGUCUGGAUGAGAUGAUUAUGACGAUCAGCGAGUUUGGCCGCAUGCGCAAAUCUCUGAACCACAGCAUGCAUGAUGUCGACCAAGCCAUCCACGUUCUGGACAACUUGCUUCUCUCUGUUGCUUUCGUGAUUGGUAUCUUGGUCUUCGUGUCUUUCGUUACAACUGGCUUCGGCACUGUUAUUGCAGCUGGUGCUACCUCCUUGUUGUCCCUGAGUUUCGUUUUUUCGACGACUGCCCAAGAAGUCCUAGGCUCGUGCAUUUUCUUGUUUGUGAAGCACCCCUUCGAUAUCGGAGACCGCAUCGAGGUCAAUGACAAGGCCUAUAUUGUGGAGCGUAUUUCUUUGUUGUUCAGUGUGUUCCGCACUGUCAAUGACCAUCGCAUGACCCAGGUGCCCAACAACAUCUUGAACAGCCUGUGGAUCGACAACUUCACUCGUGCCAACGCCAUGCACGAACAAUUGACCGUGCCUGUCAGCUUCGACACCAGCUUUGCUGAGAUCCAGGCUUUGCGAAAUGAAAUGGAGGCAUUUGUUCGUGACAAGGAAAACUGCCGUGACUUCCAGCCUGACAUUGACGUUGAGGUCUCGGGCGUUGGUGACAUGGAUAAGCUCGAGCUUCGCGUUGAUAUCCGCCACAAGUCCAACUGGUCUAAUGAGACCGUCCGGGCCGCACGUCGCUCUAAGUUCAUGUGCGCACUGGUUCUGGCUACGCGUAAGGUUCCUAUUCGUGCUCCUGGUGCUGCUGCCCCGGAGGAAGAGUCCAAGGAGGAGGGUGGCCAUGAUGACAAUGGUGACAAUGCCGGUGACCGCAAGUCGACUCAGCCCGGCGCCGACUCGAAGGGCAAUGGUGGUUUAACCCCAGCAGCUGCCGUUGCUGCUGGCUUUAUCUCCUAUGACGCCCACGCGACUGGCUUCGACCAGGGCCACACCGGCACAGUCACUCACCGCGGCUCUACCCACGCCGCAUCCGAAGCUGCCAUCGCCGAACGCCUGAACGCGCGCACUCCCGCCGUGGAACCUGUCCGCGAUGAACAAGGCCUUUACCGAACUGCCACCAACACUUCCAGCCAGGGUAAUCAACUCAGCACAAAUGACGGUAACACCGGCGUUUCCCGCGGCCUGUCCACCGGCCACCGCAAGGCUGGCCUGCGUGCCUCGUACACCGAAGGCGACGUGCCCAUGCCGCCACCUCUCUCUCCAGUAGCCGCCGGCAUGACCCCGUCCUCCAGCAAUGUGCCCAUUUUGGGCGCCCCCGCGCCGCCCGGGUCUCGUGGCAGUGUCCGUUAUGAGCCUCCUACCAACGCACCCCCCAGCACCCAGGCCACGGACCCUCAUUCGAUCAUCUCCCCUGGUACCUACACGCAGCCGUACUACCAUAACCAAGACAAUACCUACGACUCCGUUCCGCUGCAUGGCGUCAGCACAGCCUACACGCCCGCCCGUGACGACCGCUACGAUCCCGUAUCCUCGCCCUCGAUCUACUCCCCGCCGCAGCCCCAGGCGCCUGCACCUGCGCUGACAGGCGAAGGUAUCAGUCAGCGCGGCUCCUUCAUCUCGCGCACGCUGAAGCGCGGCAAGCAUGGCAAUGACCAGGGCCCGUACGGAGAGCACGACGCAUAA